CAUUGGUGUAUACAAAUAAUCUCAUUCUUCAAAAUAACCGCCCUUGGGAGGAUUAGACAAUACCCAUUUCUGCUUACUAUUCUUGGACAUUGUCCCGAUAUCUCAAUAAGUAGAUUCAACAUUAAAGACAUGGCUGGCGGCCUUAUGCAAUGCCGGAGAAUAAUGUUGAAGUUGCUGGCUUUGUGUUUUAUCAUCUACUUGCAGUAUGCACAAGUUGCAGAGGCAAGAAUUCGGCAUUACAAAUGGAACGUCAAGUAUGAGUUCAAGUCCCCUGAUUGCUAUAAGAAGCUGGUUAUCACCAUCAAUGGUAGAACUCCAGGACCAACAAUCAUAGCCCAGCAAGAUGACACCAUCAUUGUUGAGGUUACGAACAGUCUAAUAACAGAAAACCUUUCAAUCCAUUGGCAUGGAAUCCGACAGAUUGGAACGCCAUGGAGUGAUGGAACAGAGGGAGUAACUCAAUGUCCAAUUUUACCUGGGGAAACAUUUAAGUACCAGUUUAAGGUUGAUAGGCCUGGGACUUAUUUAUACCACGCGCACUAUGGAAUGCAAAGAGAAGCAGGGCUAUAUGGAUCAAUCCGAGUAUCACUUCCUGAUGGAAAGUCAGAACCUUUUGCCUAUGAUUAUGAUCGCAGCAUCAUCCUUACCGAUUGGUACCACCAAAGUACUUACGAACAAGCCACUGGAUUGUCCUCCAAUCCUUUUGUCUGGGUUGGGGAGCCUCAGUCACUUCUGAUCCAAGGAAAAGGAAAGUUCAGCUGCUCUAGUGUACCAAGUCCAGCCGGGGUUUGUAAUUCAUCAAACCCAGAAUGCUCUCCAUAUGCGAUUACUGUAAUCCCAGGAAAAACAUAUCGACUAAGGGUUGCUAGCUUAACUGCUCUGUCCGCUCUUAGUUUUCAAAUAGAGGGUCACAAUAUGACUGUGGUUGAGGCAGAUGGGCACUAUGUGGAACCAUUUGUUGUGAAAAACCUUUACCUAUAUUCUGGAGAGACAUACUCUGUCCUUGUAAAGGCCGAUCAAGACCCUUCAAGAAAUCAUUGGAUCACAACUAAUGUGGUUGGCCGGCCACCUAACACCACCGUGGGCGUCGCAGUUCUCAAUUAUUACCCGAACCAUCCACGGCGAUCACCUCCAACGAUACCACCGACUGGCCCCAUUUGGAAUGACACCGCCGCCCGGUUGGCGCAAAGUCAAGCCAUCAAGUCUCACAGUGGUUAUAUCCACACCCCUCCUCCAACCUCGGAUAGAGUCAUUUUGAUGCUCAACACUCAAAAUACAAUAGAUGGUUAUCGUCGUUGGUCAGUAAACAAUGUCUCUUUCAACCUGCCCCACACCCCUUACCUUAUUGCACUCAAACAGAAUCUCCACCAUGUGUUCCAACAGACCCCAUUAUCUGAUGGGCACGAGUUUUUGAACUACGACAUCUACAGCGUAGCCAAUAACUCAAAUGCGACUUCCAGCAAUGCCAUUUACAGGCUAAAGUUCAAUAGCACAGUAGAUAUUAUACUUCAAAACGCAAACACCAUGAACAUUAACAACAGUGAGACGCAUCCAUGGCAUCUCCACGGUCACGAUUUCUGGGUCCUUGGCCACGGAAGUGGCAGGUUUAACAUCUCGACCCACCCAAAGCAAUAUAACUUGGUGAACCCAAUAAUGAAGAACACAGUGCCUGUUCAUCCAUAUGGUUGGACUGCACUGAGGUUCCGAGCAGAUAAUCCAGGCGUUUGGGCUUUCCAUUGCCAUAUAGAAUCUCAUUUCUUCAUGGGGAUGGGGAUGGUGUUUGAGGAAGGCAUAGAUAGGGUUGGAAAGUUGCCUUCUUCCAUUAUGGGUUGUGGUGAGAGCAAAGGAUUGGGAAGGCCAUGAUAUCAUUAAUUAGAUUUAUUCCCACAUUGUUUCUGCUUUUUUCGAGUAUUACAAUUCUUAUUCUUUUAUUGUAGUUGCUGUAUCAUUGGACACGAACAAAUUGUACUUUUCUUAAGAAAUUAAUGUAAUGUAUGAGGAUCUAAUUGUUCAAAAAAAUUGAACUCCGUCUC